AUGAAAGAUGACAAUUCUGACAGAUGAAUUGAUAGAUCUUUAGUUGAUAGUAAUAAUUUUUAAUCGGACAAUUUUCUAAAGCAGAUUGUCAUAAUAAGUUGAUUUCAAGGCGCAUUUUUAAUUUUAUGGCCCUAGGAAUCGGCCGCCUUAUAAAAAGGUACUGCAUUGUAACAGUAUUACCCCUUUUUGUCGUAAGUAGUAUCUACGCCGACUACAGUCGUACACAAAUAUAUAAAGCUAAAGUAUAUAAAGAAAAUGUUCUAUCCAAUUAUUCCUAAGGGCAUUGGUUGGGGUAUCCUACCAGUAAUUGGAUUAGUUACUGGAUGGUAUUUAGAUAGGCUGGAAACAGAGCGCCUUACUUUAUUUCGAGAUAAAAGUGCUCUUUAUGGUAGAGAACUUAAAGAAGGUGAAAAACCUAGUUGGUAAAUGUAAAAAUGUUUCAUAGUUAAUAUAUUGUACAUCUAGAA